AUGGACCGCGACCUUGACUGUUUCUACGCACAGGUGGAGCAGCGGAGACGGCCGGAGCUGAAGGACAGGCCUCUAGGCGUCACGCAGAAAUUUCUGGUGGUGACUGCCAAUUAUGCUGCUCGAGCACGAGGAGUUCCCAAGAUGGUCUCUAUUGAUGAUGCGCGAACUAGGUGUCCAGAAAUCGUGCUGGUAAAUGGGGAGGACCUCACGCCCUACAGGGCAGCCAGCAAGAAAAUCUUUGCUGUCCUCGCUCGUUUCGGAACCCUCGAAAGGCUCGGAUUGGAUGAGGCUUUUGUGGACCUAUCGCCUCAAGUGGCUGCCAUGGUGGCAGCAGGAAGCUUCAAGGAAGGCUUCCUUGGGCAUGUGGAGAGGGGUGCAGCAACAGGAGGAGGAAAAGGAGGAGCAAGAGAGUGCCACCUGGCAGCAGGCAGUUGGCUGGCUGGCCAGGCAAGGCGAGCAGUGGAGCAGGAAACCGGGUACCAAAUGUCAUGUGGGGUGUCGCAUAAUAAAAUGCUAGCCAAGCUUGUGAGCUCGCGCCACAAGCCCAAUGACCAGACGACACUUGUCGCGUCCGCAGCCGUCGAUUUCAUCUCCAAUCUGCCCGUCCGGAAGGUGCCAGGUGUCGGCAGGCGAUUGGAGGAGCAGCUUGCCUCCAGGGGUGUGACUGUAAUGAAGGACCUUCUCGCCUUCACCCUUCCAGACCUCCAGUUGUGGCUCGGCCCGAAGCUAGCGCCAUUCCUCUUUGGUGCGCGCCGAGCCUACAACCCUACGCCUGUGACAAACAAGGGACCAGCCAAGAGCGUAUCAGUAGAGGACUCCUUCCCUCCCAUCCACUCCCUCGCACAGGCUAAGCCCAUUGUGCAAAGCUUGCUACCUGACCUGCUCUCCCGCAUGGAUGAGGAGUGGGAGGAGACCAGGAGACGACCAAAGACGUUCACUGUCAAAUGGAGGAAGAAAGAGAAGGAGUACAGAAGGAGGAGAGUGGGAGGAGACGAGAAGACGACCACAGUCGUUCACAGCCAAAUGGUGGAAGGGAGAGAAGGAGUACAGCUCCCCCCAGUGAUGGUGAUUAACGUGGGUGCCACAAACUUCGUCUCCUCAUCCGGGUCUCAGCAGUCUCUGUUCGGGCAGCCAGGGAGUGCUGCUGCUGGUGCUGGGGGCCUGCAACGGUGGCUGAAACCACACAGAACAGACACUGGGAAUGCUGGUGCAGGGAGGCAGAUGGUGCUGCCACCAGAGAAGGAUGCUGCUGGGAGUAUGUAUCGGUGGGUGAAGCCACAAGGAGGAGAUGUACGGGAAAGCAAGCGGAGAGAUGGGAGGUGGGAGGAAGAUGAGAUGAGGGAGAAAGAUGGGAUAGCACGUGGAGAGAGUGGUUGCUCUCAGGUGCUGCUAUCGAGGAGGGAUGCUGCUGCUGGGAGGGAUGCUGCUGCUGGGAGGGGUGCUGCUGCUGGGAGGGGUGCUGCUUCUGGGAGGGAUGCUGCUGCUGGGAGGGGUGCUGCUGGUGGGAGUAUGGAUCGGUGGGUGAAGCCACGAGUUGGGGGUGGAGGGCACAGUUUACAGCGGGAAAGGAAGCGGAGUGGUGGGAGCGAGGAGGAAGACGAGAUGAAAGGGAAGAAUGUGAUACUCGGUGUCGAGAAUGGAUGCUCUCAGGUGCUCCCACGGAGGAAGGCUGGGGGUGGAUGCUUUGAGAAUUCUUUAAAGAAUGCUGGGAGUGGGUGCUUGGAUCGGUGGCUGGGACCCAUGGGAGGUUCAAGGGGGAUGAAAGAAGAGGGGGAAUUGGUGGUGCAGGGAGGGGUGGCGAAGACUGAUAUUGUUGCGGUGGAAGAGAAGGUUAGGGAUGGAGAGGGGGAGGAGGCAAGGGAUGGUGAUGAGGAGCAAUGCUCUGCUCUGGUGAUGCAGAAUGGUGGGAGUGUUGCAGAAGUGUAUCGAGACUUGAUUGUUGUCGAGGAGGGACAAGUAGGUUCGUGUCAGCCUGCAGAUGUCGACCUUGGUGCGGAAUGUGCAACCACUUGUGACAUUGCUUGUGCGACCGCACGUGACACGUGGACGUCAAAUGGUGCAGAUUGCGCCGUGUGGAGGUGCGACGAGUGUGGGAAGCAGAUUCACGUGGAGCGGGUGGAGGAGCACUUGGACUAUCAUUUUGCUUUGAAGCUGGAAGCAGAGGAGCAUGGUGACGCCAAGAGCUCAACAUUAGCUCGCCCUUCGAAGAGGUUAUUCCUGCACGCGUACCACUCUACGCAACCCAAGUACUUGCCUCUCUCCGACAUCCAAUCGCGCCUCGCCCAAUCCUUCGGAGAAAUCAAAGACUCUUUCCGGAGUUACCCUUUUCGGUCCGGACACGCAAGUCGAACCUCAGCCAUGGAUCAGAUGUUCGGAUGCCUCCAGGUGGACCAAUCAACGGUCGCGAUGGUCGAGCAUUUCGGGCGGUUCGUCCGCGCGCUCGACCCGGGCUGCUACUGCGUCCCCUGGUGCUGCUGCUACCGCACUGCGGGGCUCAUGAGUCUUCGCAUCAGUCAACUCGACGUGCGCUGCGAGACUAAAACGAAGGACAACGUGUUUGUGACUGUCAUCGCGUCAAUUCAGUAUCAAGCCAUCCGCGAGCAAGUCGAAGACGCGUUCUACCGCCUCGCCGACCCGCAGGCGCAAAUCCGCUCCUACGUCUUCGACGUCGUGCGAAGCAGCGUGCCCAAGAUGGAACUGGACGAGGUGUUUAUAUCCAAGAACGAGAUCGCGCAGAACGUGGAACAAGAGCUCGAAAAGGCCAUGCACGACUACGGCUAUCGCAUCGUGCAGACGCUGAUAGUUGACGUGGAGCCGGACGAGCGAGUCAAGGCCGCCAUGAACGAGAUCAACGCAGCCCAGCGCAUUCGGCAGGCAACACAGGAGAAGGCGGAGGCGGAGAAGAUCUUGCAGGUCAAGAAGGCGGAGGGAGACGCCGAGGCUAAGUACCUUGCUGGCGUGGGUGUGGCUCGGCAGCGACAGGCCAUUGUGGAUGGACUGCGGGAGAGUGUUAUGGGAUUCUCCUCGCAGGUUCCUGGAACCAGCGCCAAGGACGUGCUUGAUAUGGUAAUGCUGACUCAGUACUUUGACACAAUGAGGGACAUAGGAGCCAACAACAAGUCUUCCACUAUUUUCAUUCCACAUGGACCAGGAAAUGUGGGAGAUAUUUCUGCACAAAUUAGGGAUGGCCUCACUCAAAGUAUUGUGGCGUCUAAGAACGUGUAG